CAAAAUGAGAGCCCAACAAAAGUGAAAUGAAACAACAUAAAAUCAAAACAAAUAAAACCCCGUAACCUUGCGCCGCAUCUCUGUCUCACUCUCUAUCUCGCCUGCGUCUUCUCUCUGUUUUCCGUCGGUCGUCGCCCUGCUGUCGCCACUGGGCGGCUUAGCAUUUCCUGUCGCCCCAGCUCCGACGGCCUCGUCGCCUCCGUCUGGCGACUCCGUAGAAACUGCAUAUGCCAAAGUCGCCCCCACCCCAACAGCGUGUCAGGGACGGUGUUGAAGAAGAACUUCAAACUGGGAUGUGUUUGUGAAAUAGCUUACGGAAAUUUGAGAUUAAUGUAGGAGGGAAGCAUUUCUAUUUAUAGGGACAAAACUUGGAAUUAGCAAAUUUAUGGGCAUCUAAGGAUUUUCUGGGUGUGAUUGAGGAAUAUUAUCUAGGGUUUUCAAUAAACCUUUUUGGUGUGAAGAAGGAUGAAAAUGGAAAUGAUUCCUUCGAGUUCUUCAUUUACUGAUGAAGACCAGAACAAUCUAAAUAUGCUGCUUGAAGCUUUUGGUUCCGUUGUUUCCCUCGAAGACAUAGCUUCGUCAUACUGCCAAACAGGGCGAAAUUUAAAUUCGACAGCGGAAAUGCUCUGCAAGAUGCAAGGUAGCAUCUCGAGAACACAAGAGGACCCACAAACCACUGAUGGAGUGAGCUCCUCCACCGGCCUCUUGGAUAAAGGCCGCAUUGUUAAGUUGAAUUCGAAAAAGUGUUCGGCAUCGAUCGGAACUGUAUCUGGUGUGAUUGGAAAGGACUACAUCAACCCUAGACCUCAAUCAAAGGGAUUAAAUGAGAGGUUAAAACCUGUGAAAAUAAAUUCAAAUGAUUUUCCAGUUACCGAGAUCAGGGGUGAAGAAAAUGAGUCAGGAGUUACCUCUCAGGGUCAAGCUAUGGACGAUGAUCUUGGAGAGUUCCUUUAUAAAAUGCUUGGGAAUGGGUUUCAGCUUGACAUGGGUGUAAUCCAACAAGUUAUUGGCCAAUGUGGGUACAAUAUGCCAAUGUGCAUUGAAAAACUCCUUGAUAUAUCAGCUGCUACCCUAGAGAAGAGUGAUGAUGUUAUUGGCAUAGCAACUGCAAAUAAUAUGAACAAUAUCCAUGAUGUGGGGUCCACAUCUUGUCCAAAGCAAUCACAACUUCUUUCUGGAAGUGAUGCUAGUGGAGGAGAUCUAUCAAUGUUACCUCAGACAGAGAUGAAAACGAAAGAUAUGCAAAGAGAAAUUUUAGAAGCACUAUUUAGUGCGCCUGACAGAGGUCAAGAUCAUCUUGAACUCACACAUCCAGUUAGAACGCAUAAGCAGUCGCCCUAUGGUCGCGUUGUGGCCAAACCCAUGGAAGAGAAAAUUGUGGAAGAUUUUACUUUUAUUACAAGGAAACCGAUUAACUAUCUAAAUACUGAAGCAAAUGAAGAGAGUUAUGAUGAAUUGCGAAAGGCUGUAAUGGAAAAUUGGGUUACAAUGAAAGAAUACUACAAAGCUUCUGCCGAUGCAUUCAUCAAACAGGAAUUUGAAUCUGCUCAAACCCUUCUUGAACAGGGUAACUUUUAUAAGAGUAAGGCCCGAGAAGCAAAUGAAAAAUCUGCUCAAAAACUAAUUGAGAACAGUAACGAGGAUGAAGAAUAUUGUAUCAAUUUGCAUUAUCUUGAGCCAAAGGAUGCCUUGUACCACAUGAGACUUCAACUUACCUCUCUUUGUGGUUUGCCAUGUAUUCAGUUCAUGAAGGUUGUAGUUGGGACUGGCGGAGACAAGAAAGACGGGCGAAGGAAGCGUCUGAUUACCAAGCUUUUGGAAGAGGAGGGUAUUCCUUGGACUGAAGAAGGAAAUGGAUGGACAAUUUCAAUCCGAGUUGACGAGAUUGAUCAUAGUAAAUUGAGUUUUGCAAACAAGUGAGCGAUCACGAGAAUUUCGAUAUACACCCUCCAUCCUACAAUUUAAUAGACCAUAUUUUCUUAUUUGGACGUCCCAAUUUAAUAGGCUAAUUCCUAAAAUGGAAAGUCAAUAUAUAACAAAUAUCCUCAUAUAACUCAUUAUUUAUAAAAAACUAGUUUUUAAUAAAAA